AUGUUUCAAAGAGCAGCUGCUGCAUCGCGGCUUAAGCUGCUGUUGAGUUUUGCUGUUGGUGGUCUCCUUGGUGAUGUCUUCCUUCAUCUUUUACCCGAGGCAUGGGAGCACAUAGACAGAGAUCGUGAUGGCAUGCACUGGGGCCAAAUGAAAAUAGGACUUUGGGUUUUAACAGGAAUCCUCAGCUUUUUAAUCAUUGAAAAAAUAUUUGCCAAAGAAGGAGAAUUUGAUGCAUUGGAGGAUGAAUGUGAUGAAGAAGAAGACACCGAAAUAAUAAACAAUGAAAAAACAAACAAUAACAAAAAUCUAAAGUCAAAUAAUAGUCAAAUUAAAUCCUCAUAUAACCUUAGACAGCGUCCACCUAUACAUAAUGGCACCGACAGUACCAGUAAUCGCACAAAAAGUACCAGUAAUAGCACCAAUAGUACCAGUAAUGGCACCAAUAGUACCAGUAAUGGAACCAUAGAAGGCAUAAAAACUCAAAAAACAAAAGAUGGACAAAAUACUCAAAAUCCAGACUCUCAAAUAAAGGUUAGCGGUUGGUUAAAUUUAGCAGCCAAUGUAAUUGAUAACUUUACUCAUGGUCUGGCAGUUGCUGGCAGCUUCAGCAUUAGCACUAAGGUUGGCAUGACAACUACUUUUGCAAUACUCAUUCACGAGGUACCUCAUGAAGUUGGCGACUUUGCCAUUCUGUUGCGAUCUGGAUUUGAUAGGUGGAAAGCAGCUAAGGCUCAAUUGCUGACAGCAUCUGGUGGAGUUUUAGGUGCAAUCACUGCUCUGGCAGCUGAUUCUGUGCAAAGUGCGGGAGAUAAUACAGCCUGGAUUCUUCCAUUUACAUCGGGUGGUUUCAUGUAUAUUGCCUUGGUUACAGUGGUACCAGAUCUGCUCCAAGAGAAACAUAGGGGGGAGUCGCUGAAACAAAUAUUUAUGAUGGUGCUCGGGAUUGCUAUUAUGGCGGUUGUUUCCUUCUACCAUUAACUGCUGUAUCGUGUGUUGGCGUGAUAUACAGGGCCAAAUAACAGGAAGAUAUACACUGUAUUAGGCCUAGAGUAACCCUGACUGCUACUAGUGCUACAACUUCAUGGAUAUUCCACUUAUACAUCCUUGUUGCAAGGGUAUUUCACAAGUAUGAAUUUAAGCAUAAAUGAAGUCCUUUGAAGAAGGAUGCACUUAUAAGCAUUUCGAGGACUUUUUUAUUAUUUAUUUGGAGACUAUGCUUUUACAACAGUGGCAUAUACAAUUGGUGCAUCCAUUUUUUCCCUGAAUUGUUAUUUUUUAUAGAUAAAUAAAUAAAAAAAAAUAACAAUUCUGAGAAAAACAUUUAAUUUUGUUCUCAUUUUUUGUUAUUUAUUUUAAUAUUUUGUCCAUUGUUCACUGCUUUUUUCAAUCAAAAAAUAAUUCUGUUCAAAGUUUAGGAGUUUAUAUUGAUAAGGUUACAUGUAAAUCUUGACUGGUACUCUACAAGGUUACUCUUAUGAUUUGAUAAUAAUUCUUGUACUGCCAGAUGUACUAUUGUUGACCUUGUAUGUUAAGACUGUUGACCUGUAUGUAUCCCAUAUUGUUUAAAUGAACAUUAUUUUACCGUACAAUGACUGUGGAGUUCUAUUUUUGAUAACUAUAUGCAAAAAGAGACCCACCACCUACUUUGUAGUUGUAAACCUUUUAUUAUCAUAUAAUUUUGCAGAUUCUACACAAAUGAAUAUUUCCUGACAGCAUUCUCUUUAAGUGUUUUAUUGUUCAAUAAAAUGUCUUAUAAUAUUGGAAAUCACUGACAUAUCCAAAAAAUGAGUGGGCCAUUUACACAUUUUGCUAAAUAAUUAAAGUAAUUAAAAUUAAUUUUAAUCCUCAAAAAUUUGCAUCCUGAAAAGCUAUAAAUAAUUAAAGUUUAAUAAAAAUUAAUUUUAAUUUAAAUCCUCAAAAAUAUGCCUCCUGA